CAAUUUAUGUGGCUCGAGCUCCAGCCCUAUUCUUUUUUUGUAUGUAAACGUGAGUGUAGGCUUUAUUUAAAUCCUUUAAAUCGAUUCACAGUUUUGUUGGAAAAGAAUAAUUCGAAGCUCAUUUGCAUUUAAUAACAUUUUGUUAGUCAACUCAACUUACAAUGUCUUCUGGUGAAUCUGACUCGGAGUUCAAUUCUUCGGAUGAGGACUUGCAAGAAGCUUUCGCCAAGGGUUUACUCAAGCCAGGUUUGAACGCGGUUCUCGAAACAUCAAAAAGAGAAAGGAAAAACAAUGUUGGUGUUAUGAAGAGAAAGUUGAACGAGAUCAAAUUGAAUUUACCAUGGAUAGAAAGAUUAGACUUGUCAAGCGCACCAGCGCCUCUCGCUCCAGAACUGGCCUUGCAAAUGCAAGAUCAAGAAGUGAGGAGAGCAAAACAAUUGAAAGGAAAUAAAAAAUUACCACAGUUCAAACCAUCCGAAGAUCCUGUAUUGAAUGAUUUCAAACGAGAAACAAUGUUCCAUAGACAAGCUCAGGGUGCUGUGAUGGAUGGUAUAGCAAGAAUUAAGAAACUAGGCAUACCAACAAUUAGGCCGGACGAUUAUUUUGCUGAAAUGGCAAAAACAGAUGAUCACAUGCAUAAAGUCCGUGAAAAUUUAAUGAAAAAGCAGGCGUCUGCUCAGCGUAGCGAGAGAGUGAGACAGCUGAGAACACAGAGAAAAGUUGGUAAACAAAUGCAGAUAGAAGCCACUCUGAAAAAACAUGCGGAGAAGAGAAAGAUGCUUGAGGAAGUAAAAAAAUAUAGGAAAGGUGUGCGUAAGGACCUUGAUUUCCUUGACGAUAAGAAGAAACCUGGCGGUACAAAGAAAUUCGAUGGCCAAUCAGACAAGCGAAGUAAUUUAAAAAUGAAAAUGAAAAACUCCAAGUACGGUUUUGGUGGUAAGAAAAGAGGCAUGAAGAAAAAUACCAAAGAAAGUGCUGCUGAUGUUUCUGAAUACAGAAGGCCUGCCAAACCUGACAGAGGUGGAAAAAUGGGGAAAGGUGGACCUGCCGGACGAGGUGCAAAUUCAGGCCGUAAGGGAGCAACCGGCAAAGCGGGCAGAACGGGUGGAAAUCAAAGGCCUGGUAAAAAUCGUCGGGUGCAAAUGAAAGCUAAGCGGAAGUGAAAAUAAUUCUGAUGAAUUUUUAAAGCACACUGUUGUAUUCGAACGAUACAAACUUUUCCUACAUACAAUUUAGCGUUAAGGAUGUACAUUGUAAAAAUUCGAUGCAUUUGAACUGUGUAUCUUAUGUUUGUUGAUAAAUGUUUUAUACAAA